GUCCCGCACCGCCCGAAGCCUGGAGCUCUCUCCCACAAGAACCUGCAGCUUCCAGCGAAUAUGUCGAAUCCGGAUCCGCUGAGCUGGACGCUCUUUUUCAAAAAACAUAAGACUACCGUGCUUCUCAUGCUGCCGCCCCACGAGACCUUACAAAACGCAAAGAGCGCCCUGCUGAAUGCCCUUCAAUCUCGCGGCCUGAAGGAACUCAACGGGGACGUCAUCCCGCAAGACGCGGCCGAGGUCGAGUUUGGCGUGCCGGUCGACAGGAACGAUCUGGAGAAAGGAUGGACCUCGUUGGAGACGGAUGACCUCGAUCUCGAGGACGAGGGAAACUCGAAGAGAGCAUCGGGAAAGAGAAGCGGCAAUGCUGUCAGUCUCCAGAACGCAGAUCUUCGCAAUGGACAAGCUGUCGCCUUCCGCUUCCGCAAGCCCACUGCGACGUCCGAGAAGACAGAUGAGCUCGACAUUGACCUGGGAGACCCUGGCUGGGAUGUCGUGACGCCGAACUUUGACGACGAGGAAGAUCAACCCAUGUGAUGCUUCUUGAGUUGAUGGGUGUCUCUCUGCCCGCCCCCUUACGAUGUGAUCUAUGUACAAUAUUACGAGGCGUUCCGUGGUGUUCUGAUGUAUUCUUGGGAGUACCGGGU